CAGAAAAAAAAAAACGUAAGACUCAAACACAGAGACCAGUCGACAGUCGACGUUCUGAUACCCCAAAGUCCGUCUUCAAUCGAUCGCUUGUAUCGUCAUUCGAUUUCGGCCAUAGCCGACGCCGACGGCUCCGAUUCCGGACACAAACGGACGCCGGCGACUUGAUUCCGGUGAGUACUCCACUGCAGAAGACGACGUGGACCUGAUUCUUCUUCGAUUUUGGCCAUAGUCGACGUUGGUGAAUUCGAUUCCAGCCACAACAAACUCGGUUGUAGCUUGAUUUCCUUAUGGAGGUUGUUACAAUGCUUUGUUAUUGGGGUGGGACAACCUGUGAUGGACCAGAUGGUAUAAAUUAUAGCAAAGCUCCAAAAAAAGCAAUCAAUGUUAACUGUAGAAUACAAUUUGAUGAACUGGUCGACCGUAUAUAUCUUGCUACAUCUUUUGAUAAACAACACCACCGCAUCAACUUAAUUUAUAGAUAUCCAUCGGUUGGUAUUGAAAAUGUUGUAAAAUACAUUCCUCUUCCUAUCAAAGAUAAUGAUGAUGUUGGCAUCAUGUUUGAUGUGCUUCGUUUCCAUCAAGAAGUAAGUAACAUUGAUCUCUAUUUAGAGGUUGAAGACAUUGAUCAAAUUCGACACGUAGAGAUGGAAUCUAGCAGAAAUCAUGAACCGGUUGUGCUAGAAGAGCAAAGGAACAAUGAGUUACUAUUACCUAAUACAAACCAUGUUAAUGCCAUAUCAGAUAUGAUUCAUAAUGAAGAUUUCUACACAAUUUCUCAAGCUGUUGUUGUGAGUAAUGGAAUAAUUAGUGAUAAUGAAAUUGAUGAAGAAGAUGACAUAAGAGAAGAAUAUGAUGAAGAUGAUGGAGUUGACAUCACUCAAGAACAUGAACCACCACAUGUAGAUCGGGGUGAAACAUCUUUUGACAAUAACCAUCAAGUACCAUCAACUUUUACCAAUAUAGAUGAAACAAAUGUGAUUAGUGAUGGUAAUUGGACUGUGUCACAAUCAAUAAGCAAGAAUGAUUUUACAUGGGAGCUGGAAAAAGAUUCUUUCAAGGAUAAAGAAGAACUUAUGAGAGCUAUCAAGCUCCAAUGCAUUAAGACACAGACAAUUUGAGGUCAUUGAGACACGCCCAACUCUAUGGAGCAUAAGAUGCAAGUUUCAUUUACAUUCUGGUUGUAAAUAGCAACUUCGUGCAAGUAAAUGAAAACGGAGUGGAAAUUUUGAAAUUACAAAGUACAUUGGUCCACAUACUUGUUUAAACAACAAUAUUUCUUUAGACCAUACGAACCUAGAUGCAAACUUGAUUGCUCAGGAAACCAAACACCUUAUAAAAGAGCAACCUUCUAUUGGUGUUCCUGCUUUGAGAGCCGAAAUAGUUGAUAAACUAGGCUAUACUCCAUAUAAAAAGCU